AUGGCCUCUCCCCUACCCCAGACCUACAGAGCUUGCCUCCUUGAACAGCCCACCGGCCCCUGGCAGCUCAAAGAGCUCAAACUAGAGCCUCCCAAGAAAGGCGAGGUCCUAGUCAAAGUCCGGGCUUGUGGUUUCUGCAUCACCGACAUUGGCGUCUGGGCCGGCGCAUUAGGUCCUCUUACGAAGUGGCCAAUUGUGCCUGGUCAUGAGAUCGUGGGAGAUGUGAUACAACUUGGUCCGGAUGUGGAUAACUUUGACAUUGACGAUAGAGUCGGUGGCCUUUACCACGGUGGGCAGGACGGUACAUGCAAGACUUGCCAGCAGGGAUUCCCCCAGGGCUGUGAGCAAAAGGUCUCCAACGGCGUGUCCAAGCACGGAGGAUUCAAAAUACCAAAAGAUGUUGAGCCGGCCCGCGCUGCGCCAUUUUUGUGCGCGGGCGUAACUGUCUUCAACUCCAUUCGCCACCAGAACAUCAUGCCCGGUGAGACUGUGGCAAUCCAGGGUAUUGGUGGCUUGGGCCACCUCGCCAUUCAAUAUGCUCGCCAAAUGGGCUACCGCGUCGUUGCUAUUUCGAGCGGGGACUCCAAGCGUGAGCUGGCCCUUCGGCUCGGGAGCCACGAAUACAUCGAUGCUAGCCAGCAGGACCCUGUCGAGGCUCUACUCGAACUUGGUGGGGCCAAGAUGGUUGUAUGCACAGCUCCGGAUGCAAAGACAAUUGGUCAAUAUGUUGCAGCUUUGCAAUGGCAGGGCAAGCUCCUGAUCUUGGCGCCGGUCCCGGAUGUGAGCAUCAACACGGGCAUGCUAGUGCUUAAGUCAGCUUCAGUGGUGGGGUGGAAUGCUGGUCACGGCCAGGACUUUCUGGACGCCUGGAACUUUGCCGAGCUGCAUGGAAUUGAAUGCCUAGUGGAGGAAUUUCCGUUCGAAAGGAUUGCGGAUGCAGCCACCCAUGUCAUGUCGGGCAAGGCUAAUAUCAGGGUCGUGCUGAAGAUGGAGUAG